AUGGCGAGCGUCCCGCCUCAUCACCUGGAUCCGUCUUACGUUGAUUACGACCACAACUACUUCCGUGGCUCCCCCCCUCAGCUCCGUGAGUACAGCCUUUCUUUAAUAAACCGCAGCCAUGAGGAGGAGAGCCUGGUAUUCCAGCUCGAGCAGGAGAUCCGUGCGGUGCAGGAGGAACGCGCACGAUAUACGUACGCUAAGAGCCAACUAGAUCGUGAGCGGCAGCGAUUUGAGACGUACAAAUUGGACGCCCAGCAGCAACUCGAUGAUGAACGGGCAAACUUGGCGGCCCUCCGUGCGCAGGACCAGCGAGAGGCUCGCAAGGAGGUCAAUUCCAUUGACGAGCGGUACAAAAGUGUCACUACACUUUUGUCGAUGGAGCGUGAGACUAAUAAACGGCUUCACCAAGAGAACGAAUCGCUGCAUGCGCAGCUUGAGGAACUCACCUCCGCGAUGCGGGAAUCUCAGGCGGCGCACCGCGCGGAGGUCCUACGCAUGCGCAGGGAUAUCGAUUCGCUAACUCGCCGUAAUUCUGAGUUGUUGGCGAUGGCAAAGGAAGAACAAAUUAACAAUUUAGUCAUGCCCACUCCCAAAACCAGGCCGACUACGGUCGUCAGUAAGCCAACCCCCCCCCUCACUCGCAACGACAACUCAGAGAACGCCCCCACCACGGUUCCUGCGGAACCCCCUGCGAAAGUCGUCGACACCUCGAUCCCAAUAGACAACGAGGAUAAUGGAUCCACCCAUAGCAGUGGAGUUCCGGCGAAACUAGUGCAACACGUAGUCUUUGAUUUCACACCCCAGAGCUCGAACACGGCUGCUCGGCAGCGGCGGGCUAAGGCAGUGGAGGAGCGUUUACAGCGCGUGGAGGAGGAGCGACAGCGUGCUCGCGAGGAGGCAGAAGAGGCGCGUAUGAAACAGGAAAAACAGGCAAAGGAACAGAUAAACUUGCUUAUCAAAAAGCAAAGCGAGAGAUCCGAACGACGCCCAUCGCAGGCUAAUUCCAAGCCACCGGAGGACGCCCUAAAGGAGCGCAAGGCUGCUGAGCAUCCCUUGCGCACCCCUCGUGUGAUAGGGAGUGCCAAAAAUACCACAUCUGCAAAGCCAGUCGUUGUACCACUGAAGCUGAAGCCGCACAUUCCUACCAAAAAGGAACUUCUUCAGGAGGUGGAACCACGGCCCGAGGAGGAUUAUCCGGACGACGAGAUCAUCACCUCGACGACGCAGGCCGAUAGUCCUAACAAGCGCGAGAUCGCCUACCGAAGUGGGAAGAAGGAGAUCCAUUACGCGAAUGGCACCGUUAAGGUGGUUUUGCCCUCUCAGCAUGUUAUUUUGCACUUCACGAAUGGCGAUAUUAAAUGUACCUUCCCGUCUGGUAAAAGUACCUAUUGGUAUGACACCGCCCAGACGUCGCACACCCAACUCCCAAGCGGGGUGCAGCUGUUCGAAUUCUGCGCCACCGGGCAAAGCGAGCGCCACAUGCCAGACGGUACGAAGGAAAUUCUCUACCCUGAUGGGGUGUAUAAGAUUGUUCACGUGGAUGGAUCCGCUGAGACACACCUUCCAGAUGAAUCUUAG